AUGGUGAUUCUGCAAAUUCAACAGCUCAAUGGGUUCGUUAACUACGCUUCAAGGGCUCGGACUAACCGAGGAAGAGGGAGAGCUUCGACGACAGUGUGCGUUCAAACACAAGUGGCUCCCUCUAAAACACAGAGGAUAAUGGAGAACAUUUCAGUUGGUGGAGAAGCAGGAGGUGCUGGUGGUGCUUACUCUUACAAUGCCUUAAAGAGACUUGACAAUAUUUGGUCCAACAUAUGCACUCAACCAAAAGGACCGCAAGAAACUAAGCAAAUAGUUUCCAGGGUUUCUGGUUUUUCUCAAGACUAUGGUAUUGGGAAUAAUCUCGUUGGAACAUUUGACAUUGCGGUUUGUGGGGGUACUUUAGGGAUCUUCCUCGCCACCGCUUUAUGUACCAAGGGUUUAAGAGUUGCUGUGGUGGAGAGAAAUGCAAUCAAAGGGAGAGAUCAAGAAUGGAAUAUCUCAAGAAAAGAAAUGAAAGAGCUGGUUGAAGUUGGAGUUUUGACUGAAGAUGAGAUCGAAGAAGUAAUUGCUGCAAAAUUCAAUCCGAACAGAUGUGGAUUUGAGAAUCUUGGUGAUAUAUGGGUUGAAGAUAUUCUUAACCUCGGCGUUUCCCCAGCCAAACUUGUGGAGACUGUGAAACGACGUUUCAUCUCUCUUGGUGGAGUCAUUUUAGAAGACUGCAGCCUCUCGAGCAUCCUUAUUUACGAUGAUUUAGCUGUUCUGGAACUUUCUAAAGGUGACAUAUUAUCUUCUCGUCUAGUCAUCGAUGCAAUGGGAAAUUUUUCUCCUAUUCUGAAGCAGAUUAAACGUGGUAGAAAGCCAGAUGGGAUGUGCCUUGUGGUUGGAUCUUGUGCUCAUGGGUUUAAAGAGAACUCAAGGAGCGAUGUCAUUUAUAGUAGCUCAACGGUGAGCAAAGUUGCAGAUUCCAAUGUACAACUCUUUUGGGAGGCCUUCCCGGCUGGUUCUGGUCCAUUAGACCGCACUACUUACAUGUUCACUUACACUGAACCGAAAUCAACAUCUCCGAGUUUAGAGGAUUUACUUGAAGAAUACUGGAAACUGAUGCCAAAAUACCAAGGAGUCUCUCUUGACGAAUUGGAAAUACUGAGAGUUGUAUACGGAAUCUUUCCUACAUACCAAAAUAGUCCACUGCAAGCCGCAUUUGAUCGUGUUCUACAGUUUGGUGAUGCUAGUGGUAUUCAGUCACCUGUUUCAUUUGGAGGGUUUGGAAGUUUGACCAGACACCUUGGAAGAUUGUCCAAUGGAAUCUUUGAGGCAAUAGAUGGAGAUUUACUGGACUCGGAGAGCUUAUCAAAGCUAAAUCCUUACAUGCCAAACUUGAGCGCAUCAUGGCUGUUUCAAAGAGCAAUGUCUGCGAAGCAACAACCCGAUGUUUCCCCUAGCUUCAUCAACGAGCUUCUCCAUGUGAAUUUCAAUUGCAUGCAGAGAUUGGGAGAUCCGGUUCUCAGACCAUUUCUUCAGGAUAUAAUACAGUUUGGUCCUCUAGCAAAGACCUUAGGCCUUGUCAUGCUGACCAAACCUCAGAUCAUUCCAUCGAUAUUCAGACAGGUUGGGAUACCUGUUCUGCUUGAUUGGUUAGUCCAUUUUUUCAUGCUGGGCUUGUAUACGUUCCUCUCUGCAUACAUCGAUCCAGUAAUAAGGCCUUAUUUGGAAGAGUUUCCAUUAGAGACGAAGUUCCAGUGGAAGAGACGUCUUGAGGCCUGGAAAUAUGGAGCUGGCCUCGAUUACGAGUUGUGA